AUGAUAUUAAGAAAUAUUGCGAUACGGCAUGGCCGAAAAGCACUCGCUGCACCCCUCCGCCUCUCCCAAUCCCGCACUCUCUCAACAGAGACCUCGAGCCUCGAAGCCUCAAUAGACAACCACAACAAACAAACCAAUUCCCUCGAAGCCACACUCAAUUCCCUCCACCUCACCCGCAACUUCGCGCCCCCUCAAAAAAAGAAAACCCCCGGGCCCAAAGUCCCCAAUGUCGCCGAAGAUUUCCACAGAUUCAACCACAUCAAGAAACGAACUGCAAAAUUAGGAUCCGUCGUCCCUCAACACUACGAACCCCAUCAACUCAUCGUCAAUCCUCCCGCUCCGAAAGAUGUAACGCUCGAACUCCUCAUGGCGAGUCAAUCUCAUCUGGGCCAUGCGACGCAGCUGUGGAACCCCGCAAAUCAGAGAUAUAUCUAUGGUAUUCGUCAGGGCGUCCACAUUAUCAGUCUUGAAGAAACCGCCGCGCAUCUCCGUCGCUGUGCGAAAGUCGUCGAAGGUGUGGCUUAUCAUGGGGGUCUUAUUCUCUUCGUAAGCACGCGCGCAGGCCAGGAUUCCGCAGUCGUUAAGGCAGCGGAAUUAGCGAAGGGUUGUCAUCUUUUUAAUCGAUGGGUUGCGGGUAGUAUCACUAAUGGUGAUCAAAUUCUGGCGAAGUGUGCGAUUAAGGCGGUCGAUGCUCAUGAUCAGAGUGUGUCGGGCUAUGAAGAUAAACUUUUGAAGUGGAAAGCGCUGAAACCGGAUUUGGUGGUCUGUUUGAAUCCGUUGGAAAAUUAUAUCUUGUUGCAUGAGUGUGGUCUACAUAAUAUUCCGACGAUUGGGGUUAUUGAUACAGAUGCGGAUCCUACUUGGGUGACUUAUCCGAUCCCGGCGAAUGAUGACAGUCUCCGCUGCAUCCAACUCAUAGCCGGAGUUCUGGGUCGCGCCGGCGAAGAAGGUCAGAGAAAACGUCUCCAAGCUGCCAAAGAAGGUACGGUGACUUGGCUCCCACCACCAGGUCUAGGGGAACCCGUCACGGCGGAAAGUAGAGCGAGGGAAGCAGCGGAAAAAGCGGCGGCAAAGAGGAGAGGUGGUGCGAGUACGAGUACGUAG